AUGUCCAUGCUGACUUUUGACAGCAAUGACAAUGGCACAGAGUGUGACUGGUAUAUGAAGAAGUCCCCAAGGUUCAAAGUGAGGAAAUACACAGAACAUGCACAUAUAACUCCUUGUUCCAAGCAAUCUGUGUCACAUCAGAUUCCAUGUGAAGAUAGAGAGCUAUGUUUCUCUUCAUCUGACUCUGGCUCCUCUUCCACCUCAGAAGAUGAGCGGCCCAAGAGAUCCCAUGUGAAGAAUGGUGAGGUAGGCAGGCGGCGGAGACAUUCCCCUUCUCGGAGUGCCUCUCCAUCACCUCGAAAGCGCCAAAAAAAGACUUCCCCUCAGAUGCAGAUGGGAAAGCGAUGGCAGUCGCCAGUCACUAAAAGUAGAAGGAGGAGAAGUCCCUCCCCACCUCCUGCCAGAAGGCUACGAUCUCCUUCUCCAGCCCCUCCUCCUCCUCCCCCACCUCCUCCUCUGCGGUGCAGAUCUCCCACCCCACCGCCUCAACGAAGGACCCCUUCUCCCCCACGCCGCCGCUCACCACCGUCUCCAAGAAGAUACUCUCCCCCCAUCCAGAGGAGAUACUCUCCUUCCCCACCUCCAAAGAGGAGAACCGCCUCGCCCCCGCCCCCGCCCCCGCCCCCGCCCCCGCCCCCGCCCAAGGGAAGGGUCCCAUCUCCACCACCAAAGCGCCGGGUCUCUCACUCUCCACCUCCUAAACAAAGAAGCCCCCCAGUCACCAAGAGAUGCUCACCCUCCUUAUCUUCAAAGCAUAGGAAAGGGUCUUCCCCAGGCCGCUCCACCCGGGAGGCCCGGUCACCACAACCAAACAAAAGGCAUUCGCCCUCACCACGGCCUCGGGCUCCUCAGACCUCUAGCCCUCCCCCUGCUGGAAGAGGAGCUUCAGAGUCCCCCCAUGGAAGGCAGUCCCCAUCUCCGAGUACCAGGCCUAUCAGGAGAGUCUCCACGACUCCGGAGCCCAAAAAGAUGAAAAAGGCUGCAUCACCAAGCCCUCAGUCUGUAAGAAGGGUUUCAUCUUCCAGAUCUGUCUCUGGAUCUCCUCAGCCAGCAGCUAAAAAGCCUCCAGCGCCUCCCUCUCCUGUGCAGUCUCAGUCACCCUCCACAAACUGGUCACCUGCAGUACCAGCCAAGAAUGCUAAAAGCCCAACCCCAAGCCCGUCCCCUGCCAGGAAUUCUGAUCAAGAAGGAGGUGGAAAGAAAAAGAAGAAGAAGAAGGACAAGAAACACAAGAAGGAUAAGAAACACAAGAAGCACAAAAAACAUAAGAAGGAGAAGGUUGUGGCCGUAGCCCCAGCCCCUGCAGCCCCUGCAGCUGUUUCUGCUGCCGCCACCACAUCAGCACAGGAAGAGCCUGCAGCAGCACCAGAGCCCAGGAAGGAGACUGGGAGUGAGGCUGAAGAUGACAACCUUGAUGACUUAGAGAGGCACCUGAGGGAGAAGGCGCUGCGAUCCAUGUGGAAGGCUCAAGUGUCCCCACAGUCCUAGGCGGGCGUGUUGGUUACCUUGUAAAUUUUAUUUGGUUUGUACUCAA